CGAUUGUGCCAUACCAAUCCACGGCAAAGUUUGUGUCCGCACUGGCUGAGAAAGGAGUACAAUAUCGCAUGCUUCCUCUGUUCGAUGCGGAUCAUGAAUAUGCCGAGAGACAGGACUUAAAGGAAUCUCUCCUCACCCAUCUGAAAGACUACAUAUGGAGGGACCUGCAUAGAGGAAUAUGUGAAUUUCAAGAACAUUCGUCCGUCAUCUGGUCUCCGACCUGUUGCCCUCAGGAAGUAACUCACGCAGUGUUACCUAAUUCGAAUACGCACGCAGUAAACAAAUUACAUUCUGCUGAGUCAAGUCUUCCACCUGCAAAUAGGCAAAUGUCAUUGACAUCAAUCCUUUCG